AUAUUUUCGAACAAUGUCGAACGUUCUUGUAAUCGGUGGAGGUGGCCGCGAGCACACAAUUGCUUGGAAGCUGGCUCAGAGUGAGAAAGUAAAGCAUGUGUUUGUGGCGCCUGGUAACGGAGGUACCGCUUGUUUGGCAAAGUGCUCCAACGUCGCCAUAAGCGAGAAAGAGCACGAGAAGAUCGUCUCCUUUUGCAAAGAUAAUGAGAUCUCUUUGGUGGCUGUCGGUCCUGAGAUUCCUCUCGUCGACGGACUCGGCGACAAGCUCGAAGCCGCUGGAAUCCACUGCUUUGGCCCCUGCGCGAAGGCUGCCAUGAUCGAGGGAUCGAAGCAGUUCGCCAAGGACAUCAUGAAGAAGUACGGAAUCCUGACUGCGGAAUACGAGUGCUUCACGGAUUACGAGAAGGCUCUCGCGUACGUCAAGUCUGUGGACCACCCGGUGGUGAUUAAGGCGUCCGGCCUCGCCGCGGGCAAGGGUGUUCUCCUCCCUGAGCGCGGCGAGGAGGAAGCCGCCCUCAAGGAGAUCAUGCUGGACUCGGCGUUCGGCUCUGCGGGCGACGUCGUGGUCAUCGAAGAGCGUCUGGAGGGCGAGGAGGUCUCGCUGCUCUGCUUCACCGACGGCGAGUCCGUGGUGGCGAUGCCGCCUUCCCAGGACCACAAGCGAGUCGGCGACAACGACAUGGGUCCCAACACGGGAGGCAUGGGCGCCUACGCGCCGGCUCCCUGCCUGCCGCCGGUGCUGCGCCGUGAGGCGGUAGAGAACGUGGUGAAGAAGUGCAUCGCGGGUCUGAAGGCGGAGGGCAUCGUGUACCGCGGCGUUCUGUACGCGGGACUGAUGCUCACCGCGAAGGGCAUCGAGGUGCUGGAGUUCAACUGCCGCUUCGGCGACCCCGAGACGGAGGUCGUGCUGCCGCUGCUGGACAGCGACCUCUACGAGAUCAUGCUGGCCUGCUGCACGGGCACGCUGGGAGAAAUGGCGAUCCAGUGGAAGGACGCGUCCGCCGUGACGGUCGUGGGCGCGUCGCAGGGCUACCCGGGGUCCUACAAGAAGGGAUUCGCGAUCACGGGCGUGGAGGAGGCGGAGAAGAACGAGGGCGUGACGGUGUUCCACGCGGGCACCAAGCAGAGCGGCGAGCAGCUGGUGACGAGCGGAGGCCGCGUGCUGACGGUCACCUGCGUGGCCGCGACGUUCCGCAGCGCCUUGCAGGGCGCGUACCACGCUCUGGAGCAGAUCCACUUCGAGGGCAUGCAGUUCCGGCACGACAUCGGGCAGCGCGCGGUGCGCGCGGGCGUGCGCGUUGCGGUGCUGGGCAGCACGCGAGGCACCGACAUGGCCGCCAUUCUGGAGGCGAUCGAGGCCGGGAAGCUGAACGCGCAGAUCGUGUGCGUGGUGAGCAACAUCAAGACGGCGGGCAUCCUGGAGAAGGCGCGCGCGGCGCACAUCCCCGCGUUCCACAUCACCGGGAAGGACGUGUCGCGCGAGGAGCAGGAGGCGAAGAUCUGCGAGGUGCUGGAGGACUACGCGGCCGACCUGGUGCUGCUGAUCGGCUACAUGCGCAUUCUCUCCCCGUUCUUCUUCGAGCGCUGCAAGAAGACCGUGCUGAACGUGCAUCCCUCGCUGCUCCCGGAGUUCGCUGGCGGCAUGAACAACAACGUCCACGAGGCCGUGCUCGCGGCGAAGCGCCUGGAGACCGGCUGCACGGUGCACGUGGUGACCCCCGAGGUGGACUGCGGCCCCAUCGUGAACCAGCAGCACGUGCCGGUGUACUCCUUCGACACGGUGGAGACGCUGAAGGCGCGCGUGCAGGCUGCGGAGGGCGUGGCGCUGAUCCAGUGCAUCGAGAAGUUCGGCCAGGGCGAGCUGACCGAGAUGAAGCCGGCUACCGAGAGCGUGAGCUACGCAGAUGCGGGCGUCGACAUCUCGGAGGGCGACCAGCUGGUGGAGAACAUCAAGCCGUUCUGCAAGGGCACCAAUCGCCCCGGCUGCAACGUGGACCUGGGCGGGUUCGGCGGCCUGUUCGACCUUCACGGAGCGGGGUACGGCGAUCCGGACACGCUGCUGGUGGCGUGCGACGACGGCGUGGGCACCAAGGUGAAGCUGGCGUUCGCGACGGGCAUCCACGACACCGUGGGAAUCGAUUUAGUGGCGAUGUCGGUGAACGAUCUGAUCGUGCAAGGCGCGGAGCCGCUGUUCUUCCUGGACUAUUACGCGACGGGCCAUCUGGACAACAAGAUCGCGACGCGCGUGGUGAAGGGAAUCUGCGACGGCUGCAAGCUGGCGCGCUGCGCGCUGAUCGGAGGCGAGACCGCGGAGAUGCCGUCGCUCUACGCGGAGGGUGAGUACGACCUCGCGGGAUUCGCCGUGGGCGCGGUGAAGCGCCAGGACGUGCUGCCCAAGCCGACAGUGCCCGAGAUGGUGGUGCUGGGCCUGCCUUCGUCGGGCUGCCAUUCGAACGGAUACUCGCUGGUGCGCAAGCUGGUCGAUCUGUCCGGACUGCAGUACUCGGACCCCUGUCCGUUCCAGCCGGAGAAGACGAUGGGCGAGGUGCUGAUCACCCCCACGCGGAUCUACGUGCGAUCCGUUCUGGCCGCCUGCAAGACCAAGAAGGUCGCGGGCUUCGCGCACAUCACCGGAGGAGGCCUGAUUGAGAACAUCCCGCGCGUGCUGGCGCCGAACACCAGCUGCGAGAUUGACGCGGGAAGCUGGCCGGUGCUGGACGUGUUUAGAUGGCUGAAGGCGACUGGAAAAUGCUCAGAGCACGAAAUGCUGCGAACCUUCAACUGCGGUAUUGGUAUGGUUGUGAUCGCGGAGAAGGACGGAGUUGAGGAGGUCAAGGCGGCGUUAGAGGCGGAGGGAGAGACCGUGUACGAGAUUGGAAGAAUUGUUAGCACGCCUGGAAAGAAUGAAGUGAUUAUGAAUGGACGUGUGUUCUGCUCUGUUUGUUUGAUUUGCGAGAGGGGUGAACGUGUGUGGGUGAGCUGGACGAUUCCGGGGAGGUGA